CUCACUGAGUAUACCACAGCCCUUCUGUCCAUUCUUGUCAUUGAUAUAAUCAUUUUACCAGAUCAUAAAAGUACAUUUUCCCAAUUUCAUUAGUUCAAUCUAAAAGAAUGGAGUUUUUCAAUCUUUUAGAAAACACGUUGGCGGUGACAGAACCCUAUGGAGGGCAUGUAAGAUGGGUUCUGACGAUUUUGCUUGGCAUGGUGGUUGCUAUCUGUCUUCACUAUGUGGUGAAGGCGUACCUAACCAGAAAAGCAGAAGGCUCAAAAUCAACUCAACAACUAGGUCAGAUAGAUGAGCCUAGGGUUGAGGAUAUGUCUUUUGAUGAGGAUAUGUCUUUUCUACAGACUGGACAGGAUCCCUUAACUUCUCCUAUCUGUACGAAAGAAAAAUGUACUGACGACCACGAGUCAACAUUUCUUUUCUACCAAGAACAAUACAAAGAUAAUGUUGAUGUAGAGCAUAUAAAGCUUACAAAACAGUCAGAAGAAGGCCAACCUCUGGCCAUCUUUGAAGAGGUAAACCAAUUCCAGCUAUUGAAAACUGUAACAAUCAUUGGCUUGGAACUGGAUGAUACUAGCCUGUCCAAUUUAUUUCAAUGCACUUCCAUUCGGUCCCUCAAAAUGUCAAAUUGUCAGUUGGCCUCCAUACCACGAUCUCUGGCAAACUUAAAAGACCUAGAAAUUCUCGACCUUAGUCAUAAUAACCUGACGACACUACCAUCUAGGCCUAUUCGCUCAAUGCCCUGUCUGAAGAGUCUCAAUGUGAGCCAUAACAAGUUAACAGCUAUUGGAGCUGUGGUUAGAAAACUUCAAGCUCUUCGAAAUUUGGACGUUUCUUACAACAACAUCGGAGACAUUCCGUACGAAAUACUUGAAAUGAAAAGCUUGGAGUUUUUUUCUUGCAGCCACAACAAGAUAACAAGAUGGCUUCAUCCAUCUAAUGGGGAAAUAGAGGCCAGUACAUGUCCUUUGAAAUCUCUGAACAUGUCAAGUAACUUGUUGGCAGAUGUUCCCCACAAUGUAAAACAACUAAAACACUUAUUGUUGAUUGAUCUCAGUAACAAUGAGAUUGGCGAGGUGCCUGAAGCUCUGCUGUUGAUGCCAACAUUGAGAGCGUUGCAUCUUGGCAAUAACAAAAUUACAAAGCUUCCAACUGACUUGGAUCUAAACAAACUAUCUCCUACUUUAUGUGACAUUGAUCUGAGUAACAAUAAACUAGAUGAUCUGCCCCUGGUCCUUUGCUUUCUUCCUUCGUUGACGAAACUGGACCUGAAGCAAAACAAAAUCAGCGCAGUAACCCAAAAUGUCAAAAGUUGUAAGAGACUUUCAGUUCUUGACGUGUCACACAAUAAGCUAAAGGAGAUCCCGUCUCAUAUCAGUUCUGUCAGUGCAAUGCGAAAGGACGAAUCGUCUAUUGUGGAAGUGGUUGCUUUAGCCAAGAAUUGUCUCUCCCAUUUCCCAGAAGCUCUCAUACAGAUGAAGAGCGUACAAAAGGUUGACUUAAGUAACAAUAAUAUCAAGGAAAUCCCUGAGACUAUCAUGGACAUGCCCAAAGAUGUUAAGCUAGAGCUGAAAGGUAACCCCAUCAUUGAUCCGCCCUUACAGGUCUGUCAGGCAGGGUUAGAGACAAUACAGGCAUUCUACGAAGACUUAACAACGGCCAGCAGUAUCACUCAGUGUCUCAAAACACUGUUCCUAGGGACCUAUGAAGCUGGGAAGACCAGCCUUGUUAGGGUGUUCCAAUUGAAACGCUCCGACCUGACAAAACCCGAUGAAAGAACACAUGGUAUAGAGAUAGCAGAAAUCCGUCUUUCAGCCCCAAAUACUCCCAACAUUACGUUAUCUGUGUGGGAUUUUGCUGGUCAGGAAACAUACUACAUAACCCACCAAUUCUUCUUGAGCGCAAAGGCUCUCAUUCUACUAGUUGUGAACUUGGAGGAAUGCGAUUCUGCCAGAUUUUAUUCAACAUGUGGAAACUGGGUGGAAAAUAUGAUAGCUAAGGUGUCCAGUUUGACCAAUUAA